AUGCUUCGCCCAUCUGCUCGAGCUGUUGCGACCAAUGUCCGGUGCGCCGCUACAGAAUGGCAUCAGACGGCUGCUUUAAUGGAAGCCGUCGCAGGGCCAUCGACACCACGCCGUGCAGCUUCUGCAUUGCUUUAUCCCAGCUCACGGCAUCGAACAGCUUCUCGCAGAACAUCGGCCGCUUCUUUCUCGACAUCGUCAGCUUCGACAAAUUCGAGUUCGCUCGCUGACCAUCGCAUCGUUUCCGAUCCUUUCCCAAAUCAAGAUACCGGCUUUUCGUAUGAGAAGCGCGACCAGCUCGGCCUCCGCGGCCUCCUCCCCCCUGCCGUGCAGAGCCUCAACACUCAGGUCCUCCGCGUGCUUCACCAGCUUCGCGCCAAGACCACUCCCCUCCAGAAGCACGUGAUGCUUGCCUCUCUGCGUCAGACCAACACCCGUCUCUACUACGCUACCAUCCUCGCCAACAAGGAAGAGAUCCUCCCGCUCAUCUACACCCCCACCGUCGGUGAAGCCUGCCAGAAGUUCUCGCACAUCUACCGAAGGCCUGAAGGUCUCUCGAUCUCGCUCGAGGACAAGGGCAAGAUCGCCAGCAUCGUAGAGAACUGGCCCGUGCCCGCCGGCUCUCCCAGGAUCGCCGUCAUCACGGACGGCUCCCGUAUCCUUGGUCUCGGCGAUCUGGGCUGGAAUGGUCAAGGUAUCUCGAUCGGCAAGCUCUCGCUUUACGUCGCGGGUGCUGGUAUUCACCCGCGUGCGACGCUGCCCAUCGUCGUUGACCUCGGUACCAACAACAAGAAGAACCUCGAAGACCCUCUAUACCUCGGUCUUAGACGCGAGCGUGCCAGCACCGAAGAGUAUAUCGAGUUCAUGGACGAGGUGAUGGAGGCGCUCCACUCUCGCUACCCCAACCUCAUCAUCCAGUUCGAGGACUUUACCUCCGAGAACGCAUUCCGAUUCCUGGACCGAUACCAGGACAAAUACCCCAUGUUCAACGACGACAUUCAGGGAACCGGAAGCGUCAUUCUCGCUGGAUUCACCAAUGCCGCACGCAUCGCGUCCAAAGAGUCCGGUCGACCUCUGCACGACCAUCGCAUUCUCAUGGCUGGUGCCGGCUCCGCCGCUGUCGGCGUCGGUAAGCAGCUCAUGUCGUUCUUCACGCGCCAGGGUCUCUCUCAGGACGAGGCACGCGAACGCAUCUUCAUCACCGACUCCAAAGGUCUCGUCACCAAGGAUCGCGGCGACAAGCUCGCCGAGCACAAGGUCUUCUUCGCUCGCGACGACAACUCCGGCAGACAGAUCAAGGAUCUCGCCGAGAUCAUCGACUACGUCAAGCCCACCGCCAUCCUCGGUCUUUCGACGAUCAAGGGAACCUUUGACGAGACCGUCAUUCGCAAGAUGGCCACGCUCAACAAGCGUCCCAUCAUCUUCCCGCUCUCCAACCCCACCGACAACUCGGAGUGCACGUUCGAAGAGGCUGUCCGCUACACGGACGGAUCCGUGCUGUUCGCUGCUGGAUCGCCGUUCCCCGAGAUCGAAGCCGGAUCGUCUCCGACGGGUAAGCGUCUCAUCCCGGGUCAGGGUAACAAUUUCCUCGUCUUUCCAGGAAUCGGUCUCUGCGCCGCACUCUGCAAGGCGGCACGUGUCACCAACGAGAUGAUCACAGAGUCGGCACUGGCCCUCUCGGACGCGCUCAAUGAGGAAGAGCGCGCAGAGGGGCGACUCUACCCGAACACGGAGAGGAUCCGCGAGAUUUCCAGAGACAUCGCUGUCAGGUGCAUCCAGAUGGCCAACAAGCAGGGGGUCACCAGGGACGGCGGCAAGACGGCCAACAUGGACGAGGAACAGUUGAGGGACUGGGUGCAGGGCGAGAUGUGGAGUCCCAGGUACGACGCGGAUGAGGCUUAG